CUAGUUGAGACGGAAGUUUGGUCAAGAAACAACAAAAUUCAACAUGUGGUACUCAAUACUGAGUGGCUUCAUCUUGGCCUCGGCUGCCACCGUGCAGGGCGGGUCACUCAAAGACAUAAAACACAUUAUUCUUUUCAUGCAGGAGAACCGCUCUUUUGACCACUACUUUGGCACCAUGCCCGGUACACGCAACUUUGGCGAUCCAAACGUCCGGACCAACGAGGGCGUGCCCGUCUGGAAGCAAAAGAUAAAGACGCCCAAGAAUGGAGUCACUUCCAUGACUCCCUGGCAUAUCAACUACCUUGGUGGUGACUGGCCGGAAGCAACCCAGUGCAUGGGUGGCGGCUCUAACGGCUGGGAGGCCAUGCACGGCGCCUGGAAUAGCGGCAAGGGCGACGGGUGGGCACUAUAUGAUACCGACUAUAGUAUGGGAUACUAUACGCAAAGUGAUGUGCAGACGCAUUGGGACAUCGCUAACGGCUGGACCAUCAUGGACAAUUCGCACCAAAGUAUACUCGGCGUGACGGACCCCAACCGCAUUAUGUGGAUGAGCGGCUCCGUCAAUACGAAAGGCUCGCCCACUAACCCUAAUGGCGAAGAGGGAAAUAUUCUCUCUAACCGGGCCAGCCCCGGGUGCGACCGACCAAAGGUCAAUUGUUUCCCUUUCGUUCACAAGACCGUCCCAGAGCACCUCGAGGAAGCCGGAAUCUCGUGGCGCGUUUGGCAAGACUUCGAUAACUUUGAAGACAACAUGCUUGCCUACUUUAAGCAAUAUCAGGACGCUCCCAAAGGCAACGUGCUUCGCGAUAACGGCAUUUCCUUCCCUGGUCUACAGGCCUUUUAUGACGCAUGCGCGAAUGGCACUCUGCCCCAGGUCAGCUGGAUCGUGGGGCCAGCCGAGCAGUCAGAACACGCCCCAAACAUGCCCAUCGACGGCGCCUGGCUGCAUAAAAACAUCAUAGACGCCGUCAUGCAUAGCCCCAUUUAUAACGAAACGGCCCUCAUUGUUAGCUACGAUGAGCAAGGUGGCUGGGCUGAUCACGUCAUCCCUCCCGUCGCGCCAAGCGAUGCCACCGGUGAAUGGAUUGAAGACCCCUUCAACCCUGCGAACGGUGUUGUUCCGAUCGGCCCCGGCCCUCGUGUCCCUCGCUUCAUUGUGUCCCCCUGGACUCGUGGCGGCCACGUCUUUACUGAGACUGGCGACCACACGUCGGACAUUAUGUUCAUUGAGGCCUGGGCCAAAGCAAAUGGCUACAAAAUGAGCGCAACUGGCAUUACACCGUGGCGCCGCCAGCAUAUGACCGAUAUGGUCAACGCGUUCGACUUCGAGAACCCCGACUACUCACUACCCCACAUCAGCUCCGUUCGUACCCCCGAACCCCGCCCGGACAACAACUGGAGCGGUAACUUGUCACUGGGCUCCUUGUCGGGACCGUGGGUAGGACCGGCCAAAUGCCAGAAAGGUUUUGCUCAUGGAAAUUAUCCCUCCAUCCCUUACGGCGCCAAAAACCUUGAGCAGGACAUGGCUUCGCUCGUCGAGAAUGGCUACAAGCUGGUGCGUGGAGCCAUCACAGAGGGUCGCUUUGUCACCAUCGAGGGCAACGGACUGGCCCUGGCUCGCAACAGCGAGGGCAAGGUCCUUGCCGUCCAGAAGUACGAGAAGCAUGACGAAAUUAAACAACGCUGGAUCCUUCAUAGCUCGGACGGCAAUCGCUUCGGAAACAGCUACUACCUUCAAUCCGCUCUUGAUAUGAUGUAUAUUGCGAGAGGUGGUGGCCUCACCAAAGACCGCAACCAAGCGCAGGAGAUCAUCUUUACGUACUCGGCUUCUGGAUCCGUGUAUACGCUCAGCACGAAAGAGGGAGGUCAUGUCGGCUUCACUAAAACCGAUGGGGGAAACAAGAAGUGCCGUGAUGUUGGCAAGGUAUACUGGAACGGCGAAGCUACGAAGUUUCAGGUUUUUGGCGUAAACUACCGCUCCUGAAGGAAAUUAAGAGCAUAGAAGGCUUCAAAUUAGACAGAUGAGAUAGCGUCAUGACUGACUUACCUCGAACUAGAGUAGCGCUAUUCACAGUCACGCGUUUCUCUAUUUUUAUAUGAAAGACCUGCU